AUGCUAAGCAGUAUGUGGUUCAAUUUCAGUCUGCCUUACGUUACCGUUUCCGUCACUUUUUGACGAUUUUUAAUGAAAAUACACAUACCAGAAGUCAAAGAAGUACAAGUGAAAUAAAAAAAAGUCCAAGUCUCCUUUGACAAUGCAUCUCCCUUUACCUGGAAAAAUUCACAGAAAGUUCAAACAAAACAAGGAAGAAAUCUUACAUCUUUCAUUUAGAAGUCUUUAGGAACAAAUUGCAUACCGUAAUGUAUCGUGUAUAAUAUGCACUCGUGUAUAAUACGCACCUCCCAAAGUUGACCAAAAAAUAACUGGACAUGAAGUAAUCAAGUUUAAUAAAAUCAGAAUAAUCGUUAAUCUCCAUGCACUUGAAAACACCCUGUGAAGUCCGACACAAGACAGGUGCAUGCUUCUGACACCGGAAAUUGUUAAACAAACAUUGACCACGCGCCGAGUCAACAGACAUGUAUCCCAGCAGUGGACGAUUAUCCAUGUCUUCCCUUUUGACAUCCAACAAUUCUAUGUCAUCAUCCUCUGUUCCAACUAACAGUGCCAGCCUGGCAAAAGCUGAACGACAGAUAAAGAGUUUACAAGAAGAAAACACAAAAUUAAGAAAGGAACUUGAAAAUGUUAGAUCACUUUAUAAGCAACUGAUUGCUGAGAAUUCCCAUGAAAAGUUUGAUGAAAGGAGGGUUACAGUUUUAAAGUCACAAAUUAUACAACUAGAAAGACAGAUUUUGUUAAUGUCUGAAGCCAUCGGGAAUAGAACAGUAACACUGACAGAAACAGAAAAUGCUUUGAUACAAAUUGCUGAUAAAUGGAGGUACUACAUAGGGUUAGAGGUCAAGGGCCCAGAGGUCAACAUUCCAAGAUCUGAGUUGACAGAAAUGGUUCAUGUUGCUGAAUCAGCAAGAAUCAAACUCUACAAGAACUUGGAGAACUCCUCACAUGAAAAAUUGUUUCAACCUUUCCUGUGUAUGAGUGAAUUUUUGAAGCCUCAAAGACAAGAGGACAUAACUCUGUUUGAUGUAGCCUCUGGAAAGUUAGAUCAUAUCAACCUAAAGCAAGUUACAAAGUUGGAAACGAAGCUUGCUUCCCUGUACAGAGAGAUGAUUCAUUUACAUGAAAUUUUGGAACCUGAAAUGGAAGAAAAGCAAGACUCAAAAGAGGAACAAGUUACUUCCUCUAAUCAUGUUGCUUUGGCAGUCAGGGAACGAUUCAAAACCCAAUUAUUGAAAUCUUGUGCCAUGAUGAAGGAUUGUUGUGCUGAUCUUCUCUCCCUGUCACUCCUGUACCCAUGUGCACCCUGGCCACCUUUGAAAAAGAAUGCCAUCAAGGACAUAUCAGCUGCUCAUGUGAUUAGGUGUCUUCCACUUUUACCAAAAUCCAAAUCAGCAGACGUUCACUCAGUAAUUGAGACCUUGAUCAGGACUUAUAACUACAAGCAUCAGAUGUCACAACAUGAGAUAAAAAGUCUGCGAGAAGAGUUGAAGUUUCAUAAAUCCAUUUACGAUUUACAAUUAUCCUACGUACAAUCGCUGUUUUCCGUUAUAAGGGAGGGGUACCAAUCAUUUCAGACAUCUUGUAAUGAAGUCAUAGCGAAUCCAUUUCGAGAAGUUUUGGAGGCUUACAGACAAUUCAAAGAUAAAGCCAAUGAGGAUGGAUUUAAAACUUUUAUAUUAAAGUUUGAUAACUGUUAUGAAAAGGUAGACCAUGCUGUGUCUCAGAUAUGUGUCUCCAAUGGUGAAGAGUUUUCGGAAUUUGGAGAAGCGUUUCUCAGAGAAUUGGAUAAAAAGAUCAGUAGAUCUCAAAAUAUGCGCGACAAAGCAUCAAGGGAACGAGGAGAUCUGAAAGCACAACAAGAAAAGCUUGAAAACGAACUCCGAGCUUUUUUAGAUGAACAAGAAAUAAAGUAUAAGGAGCAUUUUAAACCGGAACCGGAAACAGAUGUCACCCUACCACCACAGGACGAGGUCGUGAUUUUUGUGAAACCUACAGAUGUUUCUGUGAUAGAUAAUGAGAAUAACGUGGUCGUGGUCGAAUCUGCAAUGGCCGAUUUAAAUUUAGAUUCGGACAGGAAGUCGAAUCAUGAAUCCGAUAGAAAAUAUGCAUCUAGGAAAAACUUUCUUAAAUUGAACAAAGAAUCUAUCUCGGAUUCGCAUCUGGAUCCCAAAGAUGUGAGUGGUGUGACAAAUGAAUCUUCAGUAGUCGACUCUACGCUGCCACCGCAAGGAAAAGCCCCCAAAAGAACAAAAAAGUUGGUCCCAAGCACAUUUGUACCUAACAGAACGUUACAAUUAAGGAGAUCGGGAAGCUUAAGCAAUAUAGACAAAUCGUUCCAGCCAAACGGAAAAUUAAAACCACUAGACACUGAAAGCGAGAAAAGUGAUGCAAGUUCGAAUGAAAGUAGGAAAGCUCAUGGAGCUACCUCCGAUAAGGGACCAUCCAAGAGAACCCGGUCAACGUCUUCCAAAAGAACUCCUUUUUAUUGAGUCAUAAAAGUUUCAUAUUUCAGAAAGCAUAUUUUAUCUUCAAAAAAUCAAAAUUUUAUAGAAAUUAAAUCUCUGCCUUUUGAUAUGACAAUUUUUAUGCAAAAUCAUAAUUGGUGCGAAUUAUAUCUAAUUGAUAAAAUGAAUAUUAUUAAUCUACAAAGUAAGAAUAUGAAUCUCCACACCUGGAUGCCAAUUAUUAUGAAUUAAAAAUUAUCUAUUAAAAUAA